UUAUUCACGAGUCGGACGUCGCCAGUCUGGAUUAUGACGCUGUCUGUGGGAUUACCAUACGCACGAAGGGCACCAACUCAUGAAACACUACUUCACAUUGAUUUUCUUGAUUAUUCCUUGUAAAUACGUCAAUAUUUAUUUUACUUCGCUGGACGAAACACUCUAUUUUUUCCACCUCAGGCCAGCGUUAGCAUGUUAGCCGUGCAGUCCCACAGGUAGCUUCUGUGCCUAAAUCGUAAAGUGCUGUUUGCUAAAUAAAUGGACGCUUUUGUUUUAUGCGUAGGUAAUGAAAAACAAGGAAAAUGUUAAUAAUAGGGUGGUGAACAGGAGCGGUUUAGGCAUUCGGGAGUGCUAGUUAGCCAGCUAGCUGUAGUUAAAGUGCUAUGCAUCAACUUGCCCCUCACUGAAAACCUCAACCUUUGUGUUUCUCACAUUGACCGAGAACUUCAGUUAUUAAAAUUAGUAAAUGAGACUAAAACCCCACCAACUGCGUUACAUGGAAAAUCUACAAUGUCGAGGAUUCUCCUGGGCCUGGUAGUGCUUGGAUUCAACGUUGCUGUUCAAGAUGUUCAUGCCUUCGACGUCCUGAACACCAGGCUUGUGAAUGACAAAGCAGGCGAGCGAUGCUCCGGGAGACUGGAGGUGCGUCACGGGCAUCACUGGGGCACUGUGUGUGAGCACGGCUGGGACGUGUGGGACGCUGCGGUGGUGUGCAGAGAGCUGGACUGUGGCUUUGUGCUGGACAUCCCGAGCGGCAUUCGGUACGGACGGGCCAGUGGAGAGGUGCUGUGGAGGGAUGUGAAAUGCUCAGGUGACGAGUUUGCCCUGGAUCUGUGUGAACGCAGCCUCAAUGAGCACGUGUGUACACACAGUCAGGAUGCUGGAGUGGAGUGUACAGGAAAACUUCCAGCACCCACCUUGUCAAUUCAUUCACGCUUCAAUGCCUAUUCGUCCGGUGAAGCCGUUCAGUUUAAAUGCACCGCCCCAUACUGGCAGUCCGUCAUCGACUUCCAUCUGUACAAAAGUGGUGUGGACACUCCGCUAGUGACCCAGAGAGCAGACCCCAGACAGAUGAUGGUAGAUCUGACCCUGUCGGACCUGGAAAUGUCCCACCAGGGCAGCUACAGCUGUCUGUACAGAAUACACAGCAAACUGAGAAACGCUCCUUCUGGAGAUUCUCCACACAGCAACUACAUCAACAUCACAGUCGUGGAUAUUCACACUCCCCAGAUCUGGUACAACACGUCUCCUGAGGCUCGGCCGGGGUGGGUCAUGCGGGGCCACAGUUUUAAUGUCACCUGUUCCACCCAGCCUCAGUAUCCUGGAGGCUCCUUUCAGCUGCGCCUCAUCAGGCCCAACGGGACCAUCCGACACUCUCUGCCAGCCCUCGCUCCCUCUGUUACCUUCACCUUCUCCAAUGCCCAGUCCAAUAACGAGGGUUACUACUGCUGUCUCUACAAGGUGCAGACUGGAGAGCGCACAUUUAUCUCCAGGGAGAGUCAGCCUUUACCCAUCUCUAUUCGAGAAGUGGACCCGGUGAUGAGCCCGGUGGUCAUCAGUUUGCUAGUAUCUGGUCUGACGUUUGUGGUGGCGACGUGUGCCAUUCUGAUAGCUGCCAAAGUCUACUGCAAAAGAGUGAGGAAACCCACUGAACUGGAACGAGAGAGCAGGACCUGUGUUGACAACACGUAUAUUGCCUUGACAGUCAAGUAAUAGGGGUUCAAAACAAAGCUAUAAGAAGCUUCCCUAAACUGGUCCAGUUGUGGUUGGUGUUUCAGCCUGUUCAAACCAUAGGGAAGAUCAGGAACCACACACACCACAAUUUCUUACUUUCUGCUAUUUUCUGUCAGAUGCAGAGAAAAGCAUUUCCGUUGUCAUUGUUUUUUUUAUUUCUUUCAAGGUUAAUGGUGAUGGGUGAGAUGUUUCUUUGUAAGUAAAUGCUGAGAUCACUAGACUUGAAGAGGUGACAUUACAACACAAGCUGUUGCACUAUCAUGGAUUUAAAAAGGGCUUUUUAGUUUUAGAGGUAUCAUGUCUGACCCGUCCUGAGGUCUUCCCAUAAUGUUGCAGGUAAAGACUGUAAAACUGUGAAAUCUUUUGGGUGUUUUUUUAUUGUUUCUUUUUUCAAGGGGCUUUAUUGUUUAAAAUGAUAUAUUUAUUGUGUUUUUUUUCUACUACAGUUGUUUUUUAAAGAUCAUAUGUGUAUGUUUGGUUUUAUCACAGAUGGGAACUGGGUCAGACAGCUCUAAGAACAACCUCUACAGCUUUAGGUUGCUACAUGAAUGUGAAAGUAUUAUUUCAUUGUACAUGUGGUCAAGUUUGUCCGUAAGUUCUCAUUGGAAUGAUUGUAAAUGCUUGAGCAUAUAAGAAUAUUGAGAUAUAAGAACAAAUCCUCAGACACAUGUAGUGUUAGUACAACACAGGAUAUAAUCUCUAUAGUCACAAAUAUGACGGAACGAUAAUAAUAGUUUUAGUGUGGACUAGCAGCAUACAGUCAACAUUUAAAGCAGCAGCAUUAACGUCUAGUGAAUCCAAGAAUAUAAUAAACACUACAGAAUAUACACUCCGUUUAUGACUAGGAUAUAAAUGUCUGGGUAAUUUAUUUGGAAGGAACAACUUGUUUGAAACAUUUAUACUGGUUUUGUAUUGAUAAAUAAGCAAAUGUUAAAUGCUGAAAUAAUAAUGAAAAUAUGUUUAAAACACUGCUCUCACUUCAUGUUACAUCCAUGUCUUGUAGUGUGAACUAAUGAUUGUUUUUUUACGUUGUAGGUUUAUCGGUACACACAAUAAAAUUUGUAAACUUGA